UGUGAGCCAAUUCCAAUGCCACGAAGAAGAAUGGUGUGAACAAGGAAGUCAAUAUUUUUACAGAAGGUUUCCGUACGCCUUCUUUUGUUUUGUUUAGUCGUUUUCGCUACUGUUUUAAAGUUAUUUUCACCGGAUCCGGUGUCCAACUAGCUGUAGUUUAUUUAAUUUAUUUUUUCAGACUUUAUUUUUGUACGGCAUUUGGCGUUGCCGUGAGCUAGCCUCGCACGCUAACAACAGAGCUAACAGGCCUGAAGGCCAUCUAUCCAUUGUCCACAGUCUUCCUGUUUUUAUCGAGGUGACAUUUUUUUGCUAAAGUUCGUUUGGAAACAUCAGAUACCUUAACAGAAGAACUGGAAGACACCUGUCAUUUUCGUCACCGGGUAACGUCCAGUACAGGAUUUUAUUUGGAUUAGUGAUUCUAGUCGUAACGUUCUAGACGGAACAUUUAGUUCGAUUCUGACAGCAAAGGGAAACAACAGUAACGUAACGGCAGGCGUCUAGAAGAGCGUAUAAGCAUGUAUGCCCCGCCGGGUUCUGCUGCUCCUGUAGCCAGAAGGAGGAGAGGAGGCAGCUCCCUGCCCAAGCAGCCGGAGCGGAGCCUGGUGUCGGCUCUGCCCGGAGCUCUGUCCAUCACAGCGCUUUGCACUGCUCUGGCCGAACCUGCCUGGCUUCGGGUUCACGGAGGCACCUGUCCGAGACAAGAGCUGGGGGUUUCAGAUGUUCUGGGAUACAUCGACCCGAAGCUCCUGGACGAUUACUGCGUGAACCCGCAGACCAUACUGCUGCUGAGGGUAAUUGCUGCCUUCUGUUUCUUGGGGAUCCUGUGCAGCCUGACUGCCUUCCUCUUGGAUGUGUUUGGACCCAAGCACCCUGCACUGAAGAUCACACGCAGAUAUGCAUUUGCACAUAUUCUCACAGUGCUGCAAUGUGCCACAGUGAUAGGCUUCUGCUACUGGGCCUCGGAGCUCAUCCUUUCACUACAACAGCAACAUAAAAAGUACCAUGGAUCUCUCAUAUACGUCACUUUUGCCAUCAGUUUCUACCUGGUGGCAGGUGCAGGUGGAGCCUCUAUCCUUGCCACAGCCGCAAACCUCCUGCGCCAUUAUCCCACAGAAGAAGAAGAGCAGGCUUUAGAGCUGCUCUCGGAAAUGGAGGACAGCAGUGAAACCUUUCCUGCUGAUUAUGACAUUGCCAAUCAGUUUCAACCACCGCCUGCCUACACACCGUAAUGCUACAAGACUGGUCUUGUUAACACAUGCUUCUUCUUCAGCACGGCUAUUGGCUUGAUGAGCAAACGUGACCCUAUAUCAAAAGGAUUUCUUUAGAAAUCCUGUCUAUAAUGAACAAAGCCUGUGCCCAGUAAGUGCACAAACUCUUUGACUGACCGUGCUUCGGUGCAUGAAAGCUUACUUUGGUGGUGGCAGAAGCAUAGAUGAUUCCUUCUUUCACCGCUGAUGAUGUUAGUGAUUUGCAUGUAAAUGGCUUCUAGGAUUUGGUCUAUACAUGUAAAAUAAACUGAAGUGCAAGUAAGUGAUGAAGCAGUCAAAGCCUGAAUAAGGCCAAUUAUUGAAACCGGACUAUAAGAACAUUGUCAGCAGUUGUUUUUGAUUAGAUCAGAAUGGAGCUUUGUUGAGUGGCAUUUGAAUCUAAUUUUUGAUAUUUGAAAGGUUUUAUUUUACCUAUCAAAACUGCAAACAUACACUGAAAUUGUUUAGGAUGUUUGUUUUAUAUUAAAUGGACCUUAUUUAUUAUUUAGUUAUUUGUGCUGUGUCCUUUUUGUUUUGCUUUGUAGAGCUCUCACAGGCUUAAGUCUUCUUUAAUCACAUCUGUAAAACAGCUGUUAACUAUGAGACGUCUUUGAGGUGUUUUGAAAUGGAUCAUAUCAGAAGUUGUAUGUCGAGAGCGUCUCCUUAAAAAUGGGGAAAGAUGGAUGUGGUGUUUAGUAACAGUGUGUGAGUUGGUCGUGUCAUGUUUCUUGUGUUUGAUAAAAAAAAUACGUAUUUGUUCUUUGUGAUUAACAUAUGAGACAGUUUCAGUGUGUGGUUUCUAUGCAUGUGCUUAUUUGUAUGCAAAUUUUAAACCCACAGACAGAAUCUUAUGGGAUAACCUCACAUAAGUUUCCAAUUUAGGCUUAAAAUUGUAAUUACUGUGGUGAUUCUAGUUGUGUAUUGUUCUGUUGCCAUAAUUUUCUGCAUUUUGUUCCUCAAACUUAUUCUUUAAUCAUCAGUAUGUAAAUACUGUUUAUACAUCAAGAAGUGCACAUAAUAAAAUCAAUGCCAUGUUGUACUUGG